AGGGAUUCCCAACCGCCGUGCCGCGGCACAUAAGUGUGCCGCGAAAUUAUUUGGGUGUGCCGUGUAAUUUGUGUCUUACAUUGUAAUUGUGUAAUAGAAAUCUCCUAAAAAUAAAAAUUGAUAAAAUGUCCACAUGGAAAGACACAGCUAUUAUUAUAGAUUAGAAUAUUUGAUAAUACUCGAUACGCCCGAUACGGGUAUUAUAAGCAGUCAUUUAGCAGUUCAGUCAUUCAGUAUAGUGAUAAUCGUGCGCAUGUUAUUACGUAACGGUAGUUAAAAAAUGGAUAGAUUUAUAAAAAAGAUUAAAUUAACGAACGAUGUUGAUGCUAAUAGAAAUUACAACAAUUUAAAUUUAGAAAUUAAUAUUAAACAAUCCACUUCAGUAAGUGAUACAAGUUUAAAUUUAAAAGUCAAACGUAAAUAUACUGAUAGUUAUUUAUGUUUUGGAUUUACGUGGAAUGGCGAUACUGACUGUCCUUUACUUGUUUGUAUCGUUUGUGGUGAAAAGUUAAGCAAUGAAGCAAUGGUACCCAGUAAAUUGAAAAGGCAUUUAACAACAAAACAUCCGGGUGAGUCAUUAAAAACACGACUAUAUUUUGAACGCCUCCUAAAUUCAAAUAAAAGAGCUGCAUAUAGUAUGAUAAAAAGAGUGACUAUAUCUGAUAAAGCUCUUGAAGCAUCAUUUAAAGUCGCAGAACUGAUUGCUAAAAAUAUGAGCUCUCAUGUUAUUGGCGAAAAAUUAAUAGGACCUGCCUGUUUAGUUAUGGUUGAAACAAUGUUAGGUAAAGAAUCUAAAGAUGUUAUAUCCAAAGUGCCACUUUCCAAUAAUACUAUUAGCCGCCGAAUAAAUGAAAUGGCUGAUGAUAUUAAUGACAUUGUUUUAGAAAAAAUUAAAAAUCAAAAAUUAUUUUCAUUACAAAUAGACGAGAGUACUGACAGAACUUCUAAAACUCAAUUACUAGGUUUUGGCAGAUUUGUUGAUAAUUCUAAUAUUGUUGAGCAGUUUUUAUUUUGUAAAGAAUUAAAGUCAACAACAACAGGGAAGGACAUAUUAGACGUAGUAAAUAAUUUUUUUGAAAAAUCUGGAUUAUCAUGGAAUUAUUGUUGUGGUGUGUGCACUGAUGGAGCUCCGUCUAUGACCGGAAAAUAUAAAGGUUUUGUUACUCUCGCUAAAAUUAAAAAUACAGCUAUGAUUAUAACACACUGUUUUAUUCAUCGAGAAGCUCUGGUUGCAAAAACAUUAGGAAAAAAAAAUGCUAAAAGUCUUAAAUGAUGUUAUUAAAAUUGUAAAUUACAUUAAAUCUCGGCCAUUGAAAACGAGGAUUUUUGAAACUAUUUGUAAGGAAAUGG